AUGACUGCAUUUGGAAAAGAAUUCAGAGAAAAGUAUUUCCCUACCGGGCCACAGACUGUUCCAAUCAACCAUGGAUCGUAUGGUCUAGUUCCCACCCCGGUCAUCAAGAAAUUCCACGAGCACCUCGAUGAGGAUCUGGCAUUUCCGGAUAAGUACAUUGUGUUUGACUAUACUCCUCAGUUGAAAGCAAACAUUGCGAGAGUUGCUCAGUUGGUGGAUGCGGAUCCCCUGGAUCUGGUGUUCUGCAAUAAUGCCUCUACAGGUGUCAACACGGUUUUGCGUUCGUACCCUUUCCAGAAGGGUGACAAGAUUUUGAUGCCUUCUACCGUUUACGAUGCGUGUGGAAACACAGUCAAGUUCUUGAAGAACAGAUACGGUAUUGAGAUUCUUACGCUAGAUCUCCCAUACCCUCUUUCUGACGACGAGGUGGUUUCCAAAUUUAAAGAGGUAUUCGAGGCCGAAGAGAGCAACGGAAAUCCAGUGAAACUCGCUUUAUUUGACACUGUUGUGUCUAUGCCAGGUCUGAGGAUUCCUUUUGAGAGACUCAUUAAACUUUGUAAGGAUCACAAUGUUCUCUCGAUGGUGGAUGGCGCACAUAGUAUAGGCCUUGUCAAGUUAUCACUGAAGACCCUGGAGCCCGAUUUUUAUACUACAAAUCUUCACAAGUGGUUAUAUGUUCCACGUGGAUGUGCACUUUUGUAUGUGAACAAAAAACAUCACCGUUCCAUCCACACGUUCCCAGUAUCGCACUCGUACCUUGCGGAUGAUGAGCCAUUGGAGGAAACCCUAGAACAAUCUCGUCUUGUGGAUAGAUUUGCGUUCGUUGGGUCCUCGUCAUUUGCUUCAUUUGUCAGUGCCAUCGAUGCCAUUGAGUUUCGUGAGAAUGUGUGCGGUGGUGAAGAUGCAAUUGCAGACUACUGUCUCCGCACAGCAAAGGAAGGUGGGGCCAAGAUUGCUGAGUUAUGGGGGACAAAAGUUCUCGAAAACAAAGAAGGCAGUUUGACGACAUCUAUGGUGAAUGUCGAAGCUCCAAUUCCCUCCGAUUUAAAGGAGGAUUUUUUGAGACUCUGCAAGACCCCUAAGUUUGUUGAGAAGAUGAGGGCAUAUGUCGAUAGAAUUCAGGUGGAGGAGUUCCACACCUACCUUCCAUGUUGUUACCAUAACGGCGCACUUUGGUGCAGAUUCUCAGCCCAGGUCUAUGUUGAUGUGGAUGACUUUGUCUACGCUGCAAACAGUUUCAGGAAGGCUUUUAACAGAUACUUGGAGUCAGACACGUUCAAGGUGCUUUUGAAUUAG